AACACAUUCAGUAUAUUGGCAAGAUGGCUGGUGAACUGCUCGCAAAAGGCGACCGCGCAUUUAUCGAUGAAAGUUAUGAGGACGCGGUGCAGGCGUAUACCGAGGCCCUGGCAGCAGAUCCUAGCGAUGCGCGUAUCUAUGAGGCGCGCGCGAAUGCUUAUCUCAAGCUGGAGAAGCACUCUGAAGCGAACGCAGACGCCACGAAAGCUCUGGAGCUGUCGCCGGACCGGCCAAAGGCCUACCUGCGCAAGGGGAUAGCGCUGUUCAACUUGGAGGAGUAUGAAGCGGCUAAAGAGGCGUUCGAGGCGGGCUGUGCGCUGGCGCCCGACAACACCUUCAAGACGUGGAUUCGCAAGUGCGAUGCCGAGCUGGAGGAUGAGGCAGCCGCUGCGCCGCAACCAGCCAAGGUCCAGGCGUCAGAGCCGGCGCCGGCACCCGCAGCAGCACCUGCACCAGUCCAGCCCGCUGCACCGGCGCAACCGCCCGCGGCAGUUACAGCGCCACAAGCGGCCGCGCCGGCCGACACUCCGGCAGGGCCGCCGGCCGGCCCCGCCGCUGCAGGCUCCUCUGCGGCGCCGCUGGCACCCGCGGCGGUUCCGGAGUACACUGGCAAGUACCGGCACCAGCACUACCAACUCGCCAACAGGGUGACGGUGGACGUGUACGCCAAGAAGCUGAAGAAGGAGCAGGUGGCGGUGGCGUUCGGCGAGAGCCACCUCACCGUCACCAUCAACGACACGGACGGCCAGGAGGAGUACAAGCUGGACGUGGAGCUGUACGGCAAGGUCAUCCCGGAGCAGUGCAAGUACGAGGUGCUGUCCACCAAACUUGAGAUCGUGCUGGUCAAGGCGGACAACCUGCAGUGGGGCUCGUUGGAAAAGAGCGACAAGGUGGCGGCGCCCAACUACAGCACGCCGGGCACGGAGGCGCCGCGCACCUACCCCACCUCCACCAAGAAGCAAAAGGACUGGAGCAAGGUGGAGAGCGAGCUCAACGAGCUGGAGCAGAAGGGCGAGCUGGACAUGGGUGACCCGCUCAACAACUUCUUUAAGAAGAUCUUUGCGCAGGGCGAUGAGGACACGCGGCGCGCCAUGAUGAAGUCAUUUGUGGAGUCCAACGGCACCGUGCUCAGCACCAAUUGGAAGGAGGUGGGCACCAAGCCCGUGGAGUGCACGCCGCCCGAGGGCAUGGAGGUCCGCAAGUGGGAGUCGUGAGCGCGUGAGGAGUUUGCAGAAAGUGCAGGGGGUCAGCGUGCCAAAUGGAGGCACCGCAAGGCGAAAGGCGAGUUGUAGGGGCGUAAGCACGAGCGCAAGGCAAAGGGUUUUCGCAAACGAGCAAACUCCGAGUUCAAAAGUUUUGGUCCUCCGCUGCGCUCUACACUUUCAGUUCCGAGGAGCUACGGCGACAGGGGCCACCCUAGGGAUGUGCAGGUGUUGACGCGCCUAUGGUCCAGGGGUGCUACGGCCAGGGUCACAGGACGGUUGAGCGAUGUGUAAGUUUUAGCGUACCAGGUCUGAAACAGGAGAGUACCUCCCCUGGUCUGCAGUACUGCAUAGAUGCAAUUGAAGGUUGAUAGGCGGGAUGGCUGACAGGGUCCUGAACUCAUGUCACCGCGUCGUUGUGAUGCAGUUCGUGCGAAGGAUGGGCCGCUAAGUAUGGUUUACGAAGAUGACCUAAAGUUGCGUAUUGGAGAAGGCAACCGCACGAAGCAUGUGCAUGGUUGAAUGCUGUAGGGCUCCG